UUGUGCUCUCGCAGGCAGCCCGCAGCGCGCCCUGCCUCAACAAUCGCCUGCGUGCCUCCCGUCGGCUGCGGCCCGCAACACGUGACCCGAUCCGCAGGACCAGCUGGAGAGCGGCCGCUGACAACAGCACCGGUGCUGGAGGACUCAGCUGCAGACACACGUGUCACAGGUCCGGCAAUAUGAGCGAGGCGGCGGGCGCCAUCCCGGAGUUCUUCCGCGGACGGCAUCUCCUGGUGACGGGCGCCACCGGCUUCAUGGGCAAGGUGCUGGUGGAGAAGCUGCUGCGCUCCUGCCCCGAGAUCAGCACCAUCUACCUGCUGAUGCGGCCCAAGCGCGGCACUGACGUCCGCACGCGGCUCGACGAGCUGCUCAACGCCACCCUGUUCGACCAGCUGCGGCGCGAGCGGCCUGACGCGCUGAACAAGCUGGUGCCGGUGUGCGGCGACAUCACGAGCCCGCACCUGGGCCUCAGCGCCACCGACCAGAAGAUCCUCGCCGACAACGUCUCCGUCGUCUUCCACUCGGCCGCCACCGUCAAGUUCGACGAGAAGCUCAAGCUGUCCGUCGCCAUGAACAUCGUCGGCACCAAGCGCCUAGUCCAACUCUGCCACAAGAUGGACAAGCUAGAGGCGCUGGUGCACGUGUCGACUGCGUACUGCAACUGCGACCGCAGCGAGGUGUCGGAGAUGGUGUACCCGCCGCCCGCAGAUCCCGAGAAGAUCGUCGAGUGCGUCGAGUGGAUGGACGAGGACCUACUGGACGCAAUCACGCCCAAGAUCAUCGGCAACCGGCCCAACACGUACACGUUCACCAAGGCGCUGGCGGAGCACAUGCUGGUGGAGCAGAGCGGCGGCCUGCCCGUCGCCAUCGUCCGGCCCUCCAUUGUGACGGCGGCGUGGAAGGAGCCGAUCCCCGGCUGGGUGGACAACCUGAACGGGCCGACGGGCCUGCUGGCGGGCGCGGGCAAGGGCGUGCUGCGCACCAUCCUGUGCCACCGAGACAUGGUGGCCGACCUGGUGCCCGUCGACGUCGCCAUCAACCUGCUCAUCGCCGUCGCCUGGUACACCGCCACGCAGAGGCCAAACAGCAUCCUGGUCUACAACUGCACCUCGGGCAGCACGAACCCGAUCCGGUGGCGAGACGUCGAGGAGAUCGGCCACGAGAACCUGCUGAAGAACCCGUUCAGCGACGUGCUCUGGUACCCCGGCGGCAGCUUCAAGAGCUCCAGGCUCGUCAACAACUUCUGCGUGUUCGCCUUCCACUUGCUGCCCGCCUACAUGCUCGACAUCGCAGCACGCCUCUCCGGCAAGAAGCCCAUCAUGGUGCGCGUGCAGAAGAAGCUGUCGCGCGCCGUCUCGUGCCUGGAGUACUUCACGACGCGCGAGUGGCGCUUCUCGUGCGAGAACGUGCGCCAGCUGCUGGGCAAGCUGCGCGGCGCCGACGCCACCAACUUCGCCUUCGACGUGUCCGCCGUCGAUUGGCGCCACUACUUCGAGCAGUACGUGCUGGGCACGCGCCGCUUCAUCCUCAAGGAAGACCCCAGCACCUUCCCCACAGCCCGCAGCCACCUCAGGAGGAUGUACUGGGUCCAUCGCGCGACGCAGGUGGCGCUGUUCGUGCUGCUGUGGCGGGUGCUCAUGAUGCGGUCCGAGGCGGCGCGCCAGUUGUGGCGAAUGGCGUUCGCGCUCGUGCUUCGCCUCGCUCAGGCCGUGCCCGUCGUCGUCCGGCACCAGUGACCACUCGCGUGCCAUCUAUCGGCCGCGCGCCUCACCGUCAGCACGCCAAUGCCCUCUGCCGCCCGCCUCGCGAAAUUGUCGGAGACAGAGGACAGUCGUUUGGCCGUUGAGAGCGGCUCCCGACUCACACUUCGGGACAUCUGCGGACAACGUCUGCGUUCCUGAGAAAUUGUUCGCCGUAUUUGUGGUACUAAUGCCAUUGUGAGCCUGUGAGGUUCCGGUUAAGUACGUUAAACUUCACACUACCACCUCCAACAUCAAUGAGCAACUGUAACAUUACCAGAUACACAAUACGAGACGAGACAUUCACAGCUACUUUUCAUCCUAUAUUCAUAAAAUUCCCACAAAUUUUAAAAAUAAUUAGAGCGAUACAUCAGAAACAAUCUAGCAAAAAAAUUGAAACAUCUUGAAAUCCAUUUUACUAAUGUGCUACAUUUUGCUACUUCAUGAUCUUGAUCAUGCUUGUUUGACCAUCUGACAAGCGAGGAGUUUCAGAUCGCAUGAAUUUAGACACAAUAGCAAACACAGAUAAUACCAUAAAGAUAGGCUCUGUUACACAACUACAGUCACAUGGCAUAAGGAAUAAAAAUGUUAAAUCCUAGCACUACACAAGUAACUGCCGUCUCCUAAAUAUCAUUUUCAUUUUUUCAAAUAUUUCGAAAGUUCACAUGUUACAAGUACGAGCACGCGAACUUGUUUUAUUGGAACUGGAACGUCGACAUGCAGUGCCUAAGGUGAUCUUUUAUUCGCCGUAUAAUUUUCAAUAUUAUAAUACACAUAACGGACAUCCGUACUACAGAAAAAAUUUCACUGACGACAGCUGUUUAGCUUUCUGUGGUUCUUUUUUCUGUCAGCAAUGAGCAGAAACUGUCAGCAGAAAACCCAUCUUCAUAUGGCCAUUUCAGACGUCGUACGAGACCUAAGACAACCAACGUUCACAACGGUAUUUUCCAUUCACAUUUCUUCCUGAACGUCUUUCUCGCUAAAAGACGCAUAUCAGGAUCAGCAGUCAUGCAACUCCAAGCAGAUGAAUGUCUCCCUCUCACUAUACACAGUAACCAAGGCUGCAAUCGUUGUAAAACGUGUUUUCAUACUCAGACUGAAGAAGUCUUAUUGCAGUCUAAGAGCUGCAUUAUGCAUUUUGUAUGGGUGCGUGGAUUGUUUUUGGCACUGUUGGCUUAAUUCAGUGUCAUCGCCUCUCUAUAUAUAUUCAAAAGGACUACGUAGAAAUCGUUUCGAUGUUAUUUACAAACACAUGUUUUAUAUUUUGUAUAAGAUGUUUUUAUUGUACCUAUUGUAAGUAAUGCUAACUAUGUUAAGGAAAAAAUGUAACUUAAAUUUGUAUUCACGUUUAA